CUUCCGCUCGAGAGAUACCUUCUCAUUGAUAUCGACGACAUAUUUGUUGGCGAAAAGGGAACCCGAAUGAAGAGAUCUGAUGUCUUCGAGUUACUCGAUUCCCAGCGACGCCUGAAUCAACUGAUCCCAGGCUUUCGAUUCAAUCUGGGAUUUUCGGGAAAGUAUUACCACAAGGGAUACGCCGACGAGGACUACGGCGACGAUUUGUUGUUGGAACACGCCGAUAAGUUUUGGUGGUUUUGUCACAUGUUUUCACACACUCAGCCCCACCUCUACGACAAUAUCACUGUCUUAGAGAAUGAAAUGAAAAUGAACCGCCAAUUUGCACAGAAACACAACAUACCCUUAGACGCCGGCUAUUCAAUAGCUCCGCACCAUUCGGGUGUAUAUCCAGUUCACGGACCACUAUAUGACGCCUGGAAACAGGUGUGGAAUGUGAGGGUGACGUCCACUGAAGAGUACCCACACUUACGACCCGCGCGUUUGAGGAGAGGCUUCAUUCACAGAGGAAUUAUGGUACUGCCCCGACAAACGUGUGGUCUCUACACACAUACUAUAUUCUUAGACAAAUACCCGGGCGGUCGACAUAAGCUCGACAACAGUAUUCACGGCGGAGAGCUUUUCUACUCAUUUAUAUUUAAUCCCAUCAAUGUAUUUAUGACCCAUUUAUCAAACUAUGGUAACGACAGACUCGCUCUCUACGCGUUUGAGUCGGUUAUUAAGUUUGUCCAGUGUUGGACUCAUCUCAAACUCUUCACUUUACCACCGCUUCAAUUGGCGGCUAAAUAUUUCCAGUUAUACCCCGAAGAGAGUGAUCCCAUUUGGAUGAAUCCGUGCAAUGAUAAGAGACAUUUGGCCAUUUGGUCGUCCACUAAAUCAUGCGAUCAGUUGCCAAAGUUCUUAGUGAUUGGACCACAAAAGACUGGUUCGACCGCUUUGUACACAUUCUUAUCGAUGCACCCGACGAUUGUCAGCAAUUAUCCGAGUCCUGAGACGUUCGAAGAGAUCCAGUUCUUUAACGGCAAGAACUACUAUAAGGGUCUCGACUGGUAUAUGAACUUCUUUCCGGUGCCUAAGAACUCGAGUCCCAGUUAUCUGUUUGAGAAGAGCGCCACGUAUUUCGACGGCGAAUUGGUUCCGAUGAGAGCGCACGCACUGUUGCCGACCGCCAAACUGGUGGCCAUUCUGGUCAGUCCUAUCAAAAGGGCGUAUUCCUGGUAUCAUCACAUGAAAGCGCACAAGAGCUCCAUUGCUCUCAACUUUUCCUUUUACGAUGUGAUUACAGCUAAUGACAAAUCGCCAAAACUCUUACGCGAGUUACGAAACCGAUGCCUAAAUCCGGGCACUUAUGCCCAACACCUCGAACGAUGGCUUUCCCAUUACUCUCCCCAACAGCUAAUGAUAAUCGAUGGCGAAGAGCUUAAAGCGAGUCCCGUAUCGGUGAUGAAUAAAUUGCAGAACUAUCUGAAAAUUGAGCCCUUUUUUGAUUACAAACAACAUCUGCGGUUCGACCCGAAGAAGGGUUUCUACUGUCAAGUGAUUCAUAUGAAUAGCACUAAGUGUUUGGGACGAAGCAAAGGACGAGUGUAUCCGCCGAUGGAGUCGACGGCCGAGAAAUUUUUGCGCGCUUUCUAUUUGCCGCAUAACAUAGCGCUGAGCAAACUGUUGUCACGUCUCCACCACCCGAUCCCUUCGUGGCUCGAGGACGACCUCAGCACUGGGUAUACAUAAAGUGGCCAUUAAUCGGUACAAUCACUUGUUUUUUAGCAUUCAAUGUGCCAAUAGUUUUGUGCGUUUUGUAUGUCAUUUACAGACAAUCAUAUUUAGUGCAAACGAUUAUUUGCUAC